AAUUUUUGGUUUUGUGAAACAUGCCUAAAAAAAGAAAAAGUGAUCUUAUUUGUGAAUCUGAUCCUAAAAUAAAGCACAACUCGCAAUCGGCAAUGGUAACGCGUACUCGAAAGAAAAAAAUUGAAGCUAUUGACAAAGAGAAUUUUAUAGAUGCUAUUUAUAUUCCAGACUCAGAUAUUUCUGAAGAAUCUGAUUUCGAUGAAUCGUGUGACGAAUCGGAUGGUGACGAUGGUUCUGAAGAUAGUGUAACAGUGAUUCGGAAACAUAGAGAUAUAAGAAUAGAGCGCGCGAGUCCUAUACCCGUAUGUAAGUGGGAGCGACAGAGGGUUAGAAAGAGAGCGCUGCAAAUCAGGUCCAUCUAUCCUUGUCUUUUCGUGUAAGAGUGGGGAGACUGGGGGAGACGGUUGAGCGAGCAGAAGAACAGCAUGAGAAUGUGCCUUGCAUACACAAAUACUUAGUCUCCAAACCGUUUGCAAAUGUAAAUAUUUGUAUACUUUAUUAAUAACUUAAAAAAUGCCUAGAAAGUGCUGUGUGUGCAGUGUAGAAGACAGUCCAUUCGACAAUCGUAGUUUUCACUUGUUUCCCAAAAAUGAAUUAUUAAGACAGAAAUGGAUCGAAGCAGUGAACUUAACGAAACCUGUAAAUUUGAAAUACACGUACAUGUGUGGUUCGAUUCACUUUGAUGAUAAAUAUUUUUUUGAGAUUGAUGCCAACAGGAAAAAGAAGCGUUUACGUCCUGAAGCCAUACCUUACAAUAUCAAUAAAAAUACAUCUCAAAAUGUACUAAAUGAAAAUGAACCAAGUAAUGAACCAGUUUCAAAAAAAAUUGUCGACGAAGAGUCAUUUGUCCAACAAGUAAAAGAUGUAGUUUUAAACGAAGAAUUUCCAGAACAUCUGGAAUCUGUUGUGGACAAAGAGUCUUUAAGCCAUGAUCAUACAGAUCAUACGAUUUCAUAAUCAUGAUGAUGUUUAUUUGAAUGAGAAAUUAUCAGAAUUUGAGAGUAGUAAUGUACAGAAGUCAGACUGCGAUGCAAAGAGAAAAAGGAAAUCAACAAGUGUUAGUGGAAAUUCUCCUCCAAAGAAAAUACGCUUCAUGAAUUCCACAAAAACAGAAUAUAUUAGCAGAGAAGAUUUUGUAUCAGAUGAGGCUUGGAAUAAGUUUCUUAGAUUCUUGGCGUAUGAAAAACGUACGGUAGCUGCUGGACACUGCAAAACGUAUCGAAAACAGAAAGAAUUGACGAAUCUGAAGACUGUGAUAAAAAAAUUGGAGAGCAGAAAUUAAAUAACUGCUGCAGCUUACUUGAAG